UGCCUGUGCCCAAGGGUUUGGGGGCACUGUGGCCUCGGGGACACCCUUGGGAGUUAGGACUCACUCCUUCAGCAGUUUUUGGGAAUGAGCUGCCAGGAUGGAAGAUGCUGAGAGAUGGUUUCAGUGCCCACAGUGCCCACACAGCCCAGCAGUGCCACAGGGAUCACCCUGAACCGGACACGGAGCAUCCCCACAGCAGCCAUGGGUUGGGAAUAAUGUCAUGGAAACAACCACCACAAGAUAAAGGCCAUUAGGAAAAUGCAAUUUUCCAGCCGGUGCCUUUAAAGGUCCUAUUUCCCUCUGGGAAGAGAAACCAAUUUCCUUAGGAAUCAAAGAGUCUGUGGUUCCCUGUGAGGAUGAGGAGGCCCUGGCCCAGGUUGCCCAGAGAAGCUGUGGCUGCCCCAUCCCUGGGAGUGUCCAAGGCCAGGUUGGAUGAUGCUCCGCUCCCCACUUCCCAUCCUGGUUUAUGUUGUCAGCAAAGGCUGCACAGGGAAACCCAGUAAGUCACCCUCAAUUCUCAUCCGUGAUUUUUGAAGACAGAUGCUGCCAAGGAAAGCAGCAUUUUUCAUAAGUUUCAUAAAAUACCUUGGUUUGUGGGGUUUUAUGGGGUUUUCCCCUCAGUCAAACCCAGCAGAAUCACCAUGAGCACAAGGAACUGGAUGAUCACAGAAUCAUGGAAUGGUUUGGGUUGGUAAGUGCCAUUCUGUGGGAACUGAUUCCCACCCCACCCCUGGAAGUGUCCAAGGCCAGGUUGGAUGGGGCUUGGAGCACCCUGGGCACCUUGGAGCACCAUGGCAGAGGGUGGAGCUGGAUGGGCUUUAAGGUCCUUCCCACCCAACCCAUCCUGUGACUCUGUGCUUUGCUGCUGCUCAGAGCAGUUUGUGUCACUGUCAUGGACAUAAAUGACACACAAACACUGACUCCCUUGCUGACCACCAUCAAUAAGCCCCAAAUCCUCCUGGAUCUUAAAUGUUCCACUUAUAUUCUUCAUUUUUACAGCAUUUUAGCCCUGGGUGAGGUGUUGAGGGAGCAGCACCAAGCCAAGCCUCACUGCCAGGCAGGGUGGGCUGCAGCCCCUGGGCACCCUGGAAAGGUGCUGGCAACCACCUGGGGUGGAUGGUGCAGGAACCAUCCAAGUUGGCAUCUCCCAGAGUCCUGCACACCCUCCUGAGCUGGUGCCAGAUUCAAGGAUGACUCAGCCCCCACAUGGAUUUUUAUCAGCUCUAACACAUGGUCUGGGCUUCACAGAAACGGCCCCUGGCCAAGGGCCAACAGGCACAACCUCCCCGUUUGCUUGGGGUCGGCUGGGAAAUGGGGGUUGGAAAAUAAAAAUAAAGACAUGGGGGAGAAACCCUGGAGGAGGGUGGUCUCCUCCUGCAGGCUCACAGCACCCACCAAGGCCCACCCCGGGCCCCCAGAGCCCUGGAGAGGUGCUCAAUCCCAGGGCUGUGUGGUCAGGCUCCAACAGUGAAAACAUGGUGGAUAAAUCCACUUUCUUCAUGGAAUCCUCAUCCCCUAAAUCCUCAUCCCAGCCUCGCUGCUCCCGGGGGAAAUCCCUGCAGUUGGUUUCCCAGGGAGGGGCUCACCCACCCCCCACCCCACAGUGGCACCACUGAUGAGGGCCAUCAGUGAGUCACUCAUUAUUCCAAAGACUGAAUAGAAGGGAGGAAAUAUCAAAAUAUUCUGAGGUUUAUAAGGUUAAAAAGGUGACUUUAUCCCAGAGGGGACAGGCAGCAAUGGGAGGAGUUUUUCCAGCAGCUGAGCUGGGUCAUUCAUGCUCUCUGAGCACCUGUAAUGUUCUGGAGACCAAAAAAUGUGUUUUCUAAGGACUGAGCUCCUCUGGUUCAGCAGCUGCAGGAAAUCCCAGCAAAAACGUGGAAGAACACAAAACAAUUCCACCUUGAAAACACAACCUGGAGAGAAGGGAAUUAAUUAUGCAACCUGGAAAAUUUUUAUGGUGGGAAUCCCUCUUUCAACACAACUGCCAUCCAUGAAGUCACCUCCAAAGCCAUCCCUAAAGCCAUCCAUCCAUGAAGGAGGAGGAGUGUGAAGCUCCACGAGCAGCUUGAGGGACACAAAUCCAGUGCCCCAGGAUGGACCAAAGGUGACGGAACAGCCACAGCCAUGACCGGAGCCUCCACUGGCAGCACAUGGAGCGAUGCCAGGGCUGCUGGGGGGCUCGGGGGGCUCUGGGGGCUCCAGGGAGUGAGGCCCAACCUCCAGCUUCCUUUAGACGUGCAAGAAGCAGGUUUUGAAAGAACAUCCUCCCACAGAGGGGGUGCAGAGAGUUGCUCAAGGGCAGCAGCGCCAUGGCCGGAGCCCGGCAAGCCCGGGAUGGGCAGUGGGAGCUGCUGCGGAUCCGGGACGUGGAGUUGGAGCCCCCCAGGCCUCCGUUGCUGCCAGGGAAAACUGAGAGGUAUCAAACUGCCAGGGAAAACUCCGAGGUACCAAACUGCUCUGCAAACGGGGCCCGGGCAGGAGCUUCCCGGCAGCACCACGGGCACGGCUGCUCCGGGGCAAUGAUCCAGGGUCCGAGGGGUUCAGGGGGUCUGAGGGGGGCACGGCCUGGAGUUGCUCAGCAGGGGCUGUCCCAGCAGAAGGAGCAGGUUUAGAGGAAGCCGCGGCGGUUUCGGUGUCGUUGGGGGCAGCAGAGUCAGCGCCGGCCGGGACGGGGAAGCGAAAGCAGCGGCUCCGUCCCACGGCCCUCCUCCUCCCCGGGGCUCUGCCCUCUCCCUCCCCGCACACAGACCCCCGUCCUGCCCCCCCGAGCCUGCCUGGGGGUGACAAAGGCUUUUCCUGCUCUUGUUCCACACCUCUCCCACCGUCCUGUCCUCCUCGGGGUCACCCGACAGGUCCCCCAGGGCAGACUCCAGUCCCUGCACCCACCGGGAUGUCACUCAGUACACGGGGAGCCCCCGAAGCAGCUCCCACUCCCGGCACCCCCCGAGCAGCGACGGGAGUCACUGUGCCACCAAACUCGCCGUGUUUUGCCCCAAAACCCCACCACCAACCCCCCCCGGCCGCUGCUUCCCCUUUUCUCUUUAUCCUUCCUGUGAGCCGGCACGGAAAGGAGUCAGAACCCCCCGGGGGUGACACCGAUCCCGGCUCCCUGCAGGGCCAGAGGCCAUUCCCACUGUGCCAGCCUGGACCUGCGUGCCCCCGGAGCGCCCACCCCCAUGGGGGACACCCCGCCCCGGCCCCCCGACCCAACCCUCAUCUACAGCAACGUGGGAGAGCUGCGGGCCCACCUCACCCCCCCCAAGGCGAGCCGAGGGGAAGGAGCUGGGAGAUCCCUCUCUCAGCCCAACCAGGAGCCGCUGCCUCCCCCACUGCCCAAAAAGCAGCUCCAGCGAGCAGAGUCCCUCCCGGAGCAGGGACCAUCCCACCACUGCCAGGGUGACCCCACACCGUGGGCCGGCAGCGUCCUCUACAGCGUCCCAUCCCACCUGCGGCACGAGGAGGGGGCUCCCAGCUCCCCCCCCCGUCGGGACAGACCCUCCUGCGGACCCAAGAAGCCCCUGACCAAGUCCCAGAGCCUGGGGGAAGCGGUGGCCUGGAGCAGCCCCCAGGAAGGCCCAUCCCCCAGGCUGAGGGAGCUGACGUUCGGGACGGCGGACGGGGAGCUGGGGCAGCUCCUGCCCGGCCCGGCCGGGCUCUGUGGGGUGCUCCUGGGGUGCCAGGCAGGCACCUUGGCCCGGCUCUCGGCUCGGAUCCAGGAGGAGCUGGUGGGGCUGGAGGAGCAGCUGCAGCUGCUGGAGGCAGAGCUGGUGGGGAAGCGCUGGGGAGCCCUGAGGAUCCUGGAGCCGGAGCCGUGCUGUGAGAGCGGGGACGCCUGGUACUUCAGGGUGGGCUUCACCUUCGGGCAGACCCAGCUGGAGCUGGCAGCCAAGGUCCCCAAGCCGUGCUGCUCCAGCCUGGGGGUGCAGAGCUCCCUGGGGACACACUGCAGCAUCCAGCGCCCACUCGGCCGCUUCACCGACCACCUUCCCUGGAAGCUGCUGCUCCCAGGAAACCCUGGAGAGCAGAGCCAGUCCUCUUCCAGACAGGAACCUGCCUGUCCUGCCACCCACCCUGUCCUGCAGGUGCUCGUUUGUGCCGAGGUUCCCCACCAGACCCUGGCAGACUUCGUGAAGGGAUCCCAGGGGUUGCACAGGACCAGCCCUGGGCACUACGAACGCCUGGGCUGCCUCCUGCUCCUGCAGCUGUGCCUGGGGCUGGAGCACCUUCAGGGGCAGAACGGGGGGCAAGGGGACCUCAGCCCUGAGAACCUGCUGCUGGUGCAGUGCCCGUAUCCUCCUGGGAGCCAGCAAGGCAAGAAGGAGCCCCUGGGACUGUCCCUCCCCCGGCUGCUCAUCAGCAGCUUCUUCAAGGCCAAAGAGAAGCAAAGACCUUGUUCCACCAGCCAAGAGCAGGACUGGACCAAGGGCCUGGCUGCACCCAGCGCCCCAGCAGCAGAUGAGCUGAAGCUGGGCAGGUUGAUCUAUCAGAUCCUGCACGUGGACAUCUCUCUGGAGGACACCCUGGGCUUCAGAAGCAACAGGCUUCCCGAAAUCCCCUCCCUGUCCAUCUACUCCGCGGGACUCCGGCGCGUGGCCACGCUGCUCCUCCACAGAGAUCCCUCCAGGAGGAUCUCCAUCGCCCAGGCCAGGAGAAUCCUGCAGGUCCUGCUCUGGGGGCCACGCCAGGAGCUCUUUGCCAGGAGCAGGAAGACCCUCCCACUGCUCCAGAGCUGGGUGGAGGUGAAAAGGGCUCUGCUGCUCCUGAGGUUUGCGGAGAAUUCGGCCGGGGCAGGGGGCAGACCUGGCCUUGAGGAGUGGCUGUGCUGCCAGUACUUCCAGGAGGUCACUGAACACACCCUCUACCAAGUCACCCAGGAUCUCUAUGCUCCCUAAAGCCGAGCUCAAGUUCAGCCCACCCAGAGGUCUCCUCAAGGCCAAGAGCCCAGUGGCCAAAUCUGUCCCUGCCCAUGGCAGGGGGGGCCAAACUAGAUGGUCUUUAGGGUUCCUUCCAACCCAAACCAUUCCAUGAUUCUGUGAAAUCCACCAGCUCCUGAGGAACCCAGCUUUCACUGGGAAAACUGCAAAUCCAAACCCACUUCCCCCACAGCUCAUGAAUGGGGGAGUUGGGACCAAGCUCACACACGGAGGGGGUGCUUUUACACCCUCACAUGAUUUUUGGUUGAUGCUCUGAGUCUGGUUUAUUGGAGCAUCUCAGGAAACAGGGCUGGAUGGGAGCCCCAAGCACCAAUUUAGUGGCUGAUUCUCCUGAGUAAAGUUUCUAAGGUUCAGAAUUUGCACAAAACCCCCUCGGCCCCCUCCUGUGGCCAGAGGCUUUUGCUGUUUUCAGUAACACUCAAAGCCACACCUCACAACUUAAAUGCACCCUCAGCAAAGGAGGAACACAGCAGCUCCCACGGCCUGAGCCUCUCAGAAACAAUUUGUGGCAAAGUCACAAAUAAAAAUGACAGUUUGAAGGGGGAAAUGCAGCAGCCACACAGCUUCAAUAAAACCUGGAGCUGAGCCUCUUAAACACUGGGCCUUUAUGUGCUUCUUUGACAGCAUUACACACUCCAGUGAUGGAUCCAGAGGGAAACACAAAGCCAAACUUCCCUGCCCGGGGGUGUUUAACCAGCACGGCCUCAAUGGUGUCCAGUAAAUAGCUCAGGUGAGUUUAUGGGCAACAAGAUCCAUCUGCUCCUUACUGUGACACACCACGUGGGACCUGCACCCCGGUCCCCAAAGCCCUGUGGAUGCUGAGGGACCAUCAAGGCCCUGCUCAGGUCAUUAAAAUUAUUACUCAGUAAUUAUUAAUCCGCUCACAGCCAUCUAGAUUGGAUAUUAGGGAAAAUGUCUUCACUACAAGGGAGGUCAGGCACUGAACAGGCUGCCCAGGGCAGUGGCAGUCACCACCCCUGAGUGUUCAAAAACACGUGGAUGUUUUGGGGACGUGGGUUAAGUGGUGCCUUGGCAGUGCUGGGGGAGCGGCUGGGAUUUGAUCUUAGAGGGCUGUUCCAACCCAAGCAAUUCCAGAAUUCUGUGGCUCCAAGGCCUGCCAGCAGCAGGAGCAGCCUGUGCACACAGCCAGCCCCGGGCAGCCCCGCUGUGCCCACGGCCACCCCACAGCAGCCUCCUCCCCAAGGCUGCACCACCCAAACCCUGGCACAGGCACCACCCAAGCACAGAAAUGGGGUUUGAAUUCCAUUAUGGGAUUUUGGGUGCCCUGCUGACUCCCCCCUCCUGUAGUAUCUGUCUUGGCUACGAGAUGGCAGCACAGCCCAUGGCAUGGCAGCAGCUCCCCAAACACGGGCAUCUCCUCCUGGACAGACAAAACCCGCUUCUGCAGCCCAGGCUGGCAGCUCUGAGCACCUCCUGCACCCCUGCUCAGGUUUCCAGCUUGGGUGACCCCCUCCCCCUCCUGCCAGGGGCAGCUGGGAGCACCCAAGAUCAGCUGAACAUCUACAGGGGACUGUGAUGUUUAAGGGAGGAGCACAAACAUCUCCCAGGGGAGAGUAAAACAUGGCACAGGCUGAGGAAAACAGGAAUUUUUCCGGACGACCAGGUUAGGGAGGUCAGUCUUUUGCCACCACAGGAGGGACAACCACCCUUGGUCACAGCACCUUAUCCUGGAAUCUUCUGAGUGGGAAAGGAUCCCCAAGGAUCACCAGUCCAACCCCUGCCCUGCACAGACACCCCAACCAUCCCACUCUGUCCCUCAGAGCGUUGUCCAAACGCUCCUGGAGCUCUGGCAGCCUUGGGGCCGUGCCCACUGCCCUGGGGAGCCUGGGGGGAAAACAUUCCUGAUACCCAUCCCAAACCUCCCCUGACUGUUCAGGCUGUUUUGUCGAGUCCUGUCACUGGCUUUCCAAAAAUCCCUAUAGGAAGAACACGAUUGUAAGGCCAGAAAAGAAUUGGGAAGAGACCUGUGGGGAAGAGACCCCAGUUUGAAAUCCACCAAGAACCCCAACGUUGCACCACAAUCACUGAUCACUCCUCCUACCUCAACAUCCACUCCCUGCUGCAUCUCCAAGCUGUUUCAUGGAAUAUUUUGGUGUAUUCCACACAAUUCCAGGACUUUCAAGCCCAGAUCAGCCAAGGGAUGCCCUGUGGGGUCACAGCAUUCCUUGUUCCCAAAGCUCAGUUCUUUACAGACUUACGUAACUUCCACUCAAUGAUAAUUGAUAAUUUUGGUCAUUUGAUAAUUCCCAGCCCAAGUUCUGCUAAUUCCAGCACCACAAUGAGCCAUUUUCCCUUCUGCUCACCAUCCUAAACACCAACAGGUGACUGUGGACCCCGGCAACAGCCCCUCUCCUCACCCCUCAACCACAAUCUGCCCCCCAAGAAGAGUUCUGGGGCUGCCCAGCCUCAGUGACACUGCUGAGCUGCACCAGUGCCACCACCCUUCCUAAAUCACCACCAAAACACUCCUCAAGCCACCCUGCCCAGCCAACACCCUCCACUGUUACUGGGAACACUGAAAUUACAGGUAUUUAAGUUGCAUAUUUGAUAUUCAAAGCAGCCCUGAGCUUCUCUCACAUUCCACUUGUGACUUCCCAACCAACUCAUGCCCUAAGGAUCCCAAAAACCCUAGCAGAGAUCCCAAUUACCAGUGGGAAUGGCCAAGCUGCUAAUUAUUCAUUUUUCCAGGAUUGCUAGAUUAUUCUAAGCCCUGGCAGAGCACAUCCAUGAGUUCCAGUCAAGCAAAGAACAAGCAAAGCCUUUCCACACCUGCAACUUUAAUGGUUGGGGCAGUUCCAGAGCCACCUCUUCAAGAGUGCAAGUCUUUUUAAACAGCUUAAAACCAGCGAUAAAAAGUAAAAUAUAAAUUUUUAUUUAGAAUUAAAGCAAAUACUUCAGUAUCACAAACACAAUAUUAAACUUCAAGAAAUAUACUGCUAAUUUGGAGGGAGCAUUUAUUUUUUUGCACAACCAUGCACACAAAAAAAAAAAUCCAGAGAAAAGAUGUGGAGCCUGAAAUUUUCAACACCUCACCACCAAAAAAAAAAGCAGCUGGGUCACAACGUUUCGUACAGAGUUAUAUAGACUGGAAUAAGAUGUUGACAAAAUUUCUACAGAAUCAUCUUUAUAGACAACAAGAAAGCUCUAAAGAGGCAAACAUUGCAAUCUAGUCUUCUUCUGCUGAGUCUCUCUCAAACGUGUAGGCCAUGAAGCAAGCGUCUGGUCUCUUGGGGACAAGGGGAUGCCCUGGUCUCACAAUCUCAAAGCCCAAAAAGCUGAAAGUACGGAGCAAUGCAGCUACAAAACAAAGCAGGAGACAAGUUUCAUCCAUGUGGUACUGCCCCACCACCAAACCCCACAGGAGAGCUGCCCAGAACACCCACCUCUGUCAUCCCUGUUCUUGUGGAAACAAAUGAACACGUGCUCCACUCGAAGCUGUUCUUCAGCAAAUUCCAGAAGAACUGCAAAACUGAGGAAGAAAUGCAAGGUGUGAGUGCACAGGGAAUGUCCUGAGGGAUUGGAAGGGACACACAAGGAUGGAGUCCAGCUCCUGGCCCUGCACAGCCCAACAAUCCCAGCCUGUGCCUGAGUGCUGUCCAAAUAGUCCCUGAGCUCUGGCAGGGCUGGCACUGGAAGCAAGAGCUUCCUUCAGAGACAGUGAGCCAAUCCACACAGGAAUUCCUAAGGAAGAGGCAUGGCUUGGAGCCUCCCACCAACAGGAGAUCCCUGAGCCCCAGGCUGACCUUCAGGGCAGAAAUCUAAGUCUUAAUGACACAGAAAACUGUUCUCUGUUGCAGCUGAAGGAGGAGCUGCAGUGACAAACUCUGAGCCAGGCUGGAGUUCCCAGUGGAUAAAACAGCCCAAAAUCCCAGACAGUGGGAUCCCAAAUCCCAGGUGGUUCUGCCUGCAGCUCAAACCAGGACCACUGAGCUGCAGCCUCUCACAGGACAACAUCCAGCACCAUAAUUACGCUUCAGCUUUCAGAACAUAAAGAGUUAUUCCACCCUACUGCCAAGAGAGGAGUUAAUCCUGAAUUUUCCCUCACCUGUCCUUGCUCCCCUCAGGCAGAGCACCACUGGGAAUUUCUAUGUAGAGGUUGUUGUUGUUCAGCACUGCUCUCCAACUAAUGUGUUUGGCAUCUGUAAGCCUUGACUGGACAUUGAGAAUUCUUGUCCUGUUGUUAGAUGUUAGUUCUUCUGUUACAUUCAGCCGAUUAUCC